GUUUUUCUCAUUUCUGUUUUCUCUUUUAUUAUUGAGUUUUGUGCAUUAUGUGAAAAUGUUAGACUAAACAUAGUGUUAAUCAGUGAUUACAAUAAAUAAAUAUAUAUAUAUCGCUAAAACAAUGGCGACUUCAAUUGAAAUUCCUCUUAAGGAUACCGACGAGGUUAUUGAACUUUGCGUUCAACAGUUACCUGACGGAGAUGAGGUCCUCGCUAUUUUACGUUCAGAAUCAGCUCAACUACAUCUUUGGGUCACUUUGGCUCUGGAGUACUACAAGCAACACAAGAUCGAUGAUUUUAUCAAGAUUCUUGAGUCGUCUCGUAUCGACGCAAAUGUCGAUUACCGCGACUUUGAAAAAGAUCAAAUGCGAGCCCUGGAUAUGCUUGCUGCGCACUACGUCCAGGAGGCUAAUCGUGAAAAGAAUAAAGAUAAAAAACGUGAUCUUUUCACCAAAGCAACACUACUCUACACUACUGCUGAUAAAAUAAUAAUGUACGAUCAAAACCAUUUGCUUGGACGUGCAUAUUUUUGCUUACUUGAAGGCGACAAACUUGACCAAGCAGAUGCGCAAUUUAAUUUUGUAUUAAAUCAGUCACCCAACAACAUUCCGUCGCUUUUAGGUAAAGCUUGUAUUGCUUUUAAUAAAAAAGAUUAUCGCGGUGCGUUGGCGUUUUACAAAAAAGCACUCAGGACAAAUCCCAACUGUCCAGCAGCAGUACGCCUGGGUAUGGGACACUGUUUUAUGAAGUUAAAUAACCAAGAGAAAGCACGAUUGGCAUUCGAACGUGCUUUGCAGCUAGACGGGCAAUGUGUUGGUGCACUUGUUGGUUUAUCUGUUUUAAAAUUAAAUCUUCAACAGCCAGAAAAUAUAAGAAGCGGAGUACAAAUGUUAUCGAAGGCUUAUACUAUUGAUUCAACAAAUCCAAUGGUACUCAAUCACUUGGCUAAUCAUUUUUUCUUUAAAAAAGAUUACAGUAAAGUCCAACAUCUUGCAUUACAUGCCUUCCAUAAUACUGAAAAUGAAGCAAUGCGUGCUGAAAGUUGUUAUCAAUUGGCGCGCGCAUUUCACGUUCAAGGUGAUUACGAUCAGGCGUUUCAAUAUUACUAUCAAGCAACACAAUUUGCACCGUCAGCAUUUGUACUGCCCCAUUUUGGUCUAGGACAGAUGUACGUUUAUCGCGGUGAUUCUGAAAACGCAGCUCAGUGCUUUGAAAAGGUUCUCAAAGUGCAACCUGGUAACUAUGAAACAAUGAAAAUAUUGGGUUCACUUUAUGCAAAUUCACCGUCACAAUCUAAACGUGAUAUUGCUAAAAAUCAUUUGAGAAAAGUUACUGAACAAUUUCCUGAUGACGUUGAAGCUUGGAUUGAACUUGCUCAGAUACUUGAACAAAGUGAUUUAAAUGCUGCGUUAAAUGCUUACGGGACUGCCACAAGAAUUUUAAAAGAAAAAGUUGAAGCUGAAAUACCACCGGAAAUUUUAAAUAACGUCGGAGCGCUACAUUAUCGUCUUGGUAAUCUAGAAGAGGCACGUAAAAAUCUUGAAGAAUCAUUGGCACGUUCUAAGACAGACGCUCAAGAUGAUCCUAAUUAUUAUAACUCAAUCGCUGUAACAACUACCUACAAUUUGGCACGAUUGAACGAAGCGCUUUGUGUUUUUGAUCGUGCUGAAAAAUUGUACAAAGAUAUUCUCAAAGAACAUCCUAAUUACAUGGAUUGUUACUUGAGAUUAGGGUGCAUGGCGCGUGAUAAAGGACAAAUUUAUGAAGCCUCAGAUUGGUUUAAAGAUGCUCUAAGAAUAAAUAAUGAACAUCCAGAUGCUUGGUCGCUGCUUGGUAAUUUACAUCUGGCUAAAAUGGAGUGGGGUCCCGGACAGAAAAAGUUUGAACGUAUUUUAAAGAAUCCCUCGACUAGUAACGAUGCUUAUUCUCUGAUUGCCUUGGGCAAUAUUUGGCUCCAAACUUUACAUCAGAGUGGUAAAGAUAAAGAUCGUGAGAAACGUCAUCAGGACCGUGCACUGGCAAUGUACAAGCAGGUACUACGUAAUGAUCCGAAAAAUAUAUGGGCCGCUAAUGGAAUUGGUGCUGUACUGGCUCAUAAAGGGUGUGUCAAUGAAGCACGUGAUAUAUUUGCACAAGUACGCGAAGCAACAGCUGAAUUUUGUGACGUUUGGUUAAAUAUUGCACAUAUUUAUGUUGAACAGAAGCAAUUUGUCAGCGCGAUUCAGAUGUAUGAAAAUUGUUUAAGGAAAUUUUAUAAAUAUCAUCAUGUUGAAGUACUGCAGUAUCUUGCGAGAGCGUAUUUUAAGGCUGGUAAAUUGAAGGAAGCUAAAAUGACAUUACUUAAGGCGAGGCGUGUUGCGCCUCAGGAUACGAUACUGCUUUAUAAUAUUGCAUUAGUACUUCAACGGCUCGCGACGCAAAUACUUAAAGACGAGAAAUCAACAUUGACGACAGUACUUCAAGCAGUACAUGAGUUAGGAUUGUCACACAAAUACUUUCAGUAUUUGGCUGCUCAUGGAGACAGAAUGGAGCAACUUGCUGAAGCUGAAGCACGUCGCUGUCAAGAUCUUUUGUCACAGGCUCAGUAUCAUGUUGCGCGGGCACGUAGACUUGAUGAAGAAGAAAAAUUGUUGCGUAAAAAGCAGGAAGAGGAACGGCAGGCAUUUAAAUUACGUCAGACAGAAGAACAGAAAAAAGUUGAAGAGAUGCGUCGACAGAAAGAAGAAGCGAUGUUGCAAAAACGACAGGAGUUUGUGGAGAAAACUAAAAAUGUACUUGUUUUUGGAGAUAUGCCGUCGGAGAAGAGCACCAAGAAAGGCAAGAGAGGACGCUCUGAUCAGUAUGUCAGUGACAGUGGUGGCUCGGGUGGAGACGAAAGACGACCUGAUGACGCUCCGCGUGAAAAGAAAAAGAAGAGGAAGGCCAGUGGUGAGGGUAGAGAACGCAAAAGCCGUAGGUCUGACAACGACAAACCCAAAGGCCAACGGGGUAGAAAACUUGGUAGUGGAAAGAAGCCAAAGAAACCUGCGCCUGAAGUUAUUCGUAACUCCAAGUUCUUGUCGAAGGAAACGAUUUCAACUAGUGAGUCUGAGAGUGAAGAUGAGAGGAAGAAGGACAAUGAGGCGGGUAGUAGCAAAGGUAAAAGACGAAUACGCUCUGACUCAGAAGGCUCACGAGCUUCACGAUCUCGUUCAAGGUCCAAAUCGAGGUCGAGAAGUGGAUCAAGAAGCUCACGCUCCAAGUCGAGAUCUAGAUCAAAAUCCAGGUCUAGAAGUGGAUCUAAAUCAAGGUCUCCAUCACGUUCACGAUCUAGGUCAAGAUCUAGAUCUAAAAGUGGAUCACGGUCAAGAUCUGGCUCGAGACAUAGUAGAUCCAGAUCACGAUCAAAGUCAGGAUCACCAGCUCGAUCUCGGUCAGGAUCAAGGAAGAGUGGGUCUAGAUCAAGAUCUAGAUCUAAAUCAAGAUCAAGAUCACCCAGCGGAUCAAGAAAAAGUGUUUCAAGAUCUAGAUCACGGUCACAAUCCAAAAGCCGAUCGAGAUCCAAGUCUAGAAGUCAUUCGCACAGUAGAUCUCGCAGUGCGAGUGGAUCUGCUAGGUCUGCUUCACCAGUAUCAAGAAAAUCUGUUUCAGAAAGUGACGGUUAGUCGAUGUAAUUAUACUGAAACUAAUGCAUAUAUAUUUAGACAUAAAAUUAUUUUCUAAAUUGAUAAUAGAAAUUAUUAAUAAAACUAUUAGGAUAUUAAUUAAA